ACCACCCGCCGGCGCGCCCCAGCGCCCGAUAUCCCGCUCCGGAAAUCGAGUGGGGCGGCCAGGGGCAGGGGCGGGUAGGGCCAGCCCGGGGCCCUGACCCCGCCCCGCGAGGCAAGCCUCGCCCCCGCCGGCCACACCCCUUCCGCCGCAGGCUCCGCCUCUUCCGCUCCCCCUGGGCGGAACUCGGAACGCAGCGAGUGGCUAUGGCUCCGGGUGUGGCCCGGCGGGCCCGGCAAAGGGUCCGGAUCUUGCCGCUGGCCGGGGCGCGGAGCCGCUCGGCGGAGGACUGGUGGUGGGAUCGGCUGGCCCCGAGCGGCUCCGGUUACCACCUGCUGCAGUCGGACAGCAUGCUGCUGGUGUUGCCAGGUCCGGGGCCCGCCCGCCGCCGCGCUCAGAGGCGCGCCGCCCGCCGUGCUCAGCUGCUGCGGCUCCACGGGGCCCGCGCCGCUGAGGCCAAGGCCAAGCCCAGGACCGCACCCGCACCCGCGCCCGCACCGCAGCAGGAGCCCGACCCGGGCUGGGGCGACCGCAUUCCCUUGGAAAUCCUGCUGCAGAUUUUCGGGCUGCUGGUGGCGGCGGAUGGGCCUAUACCCUUCCUUGGCAGGGCUGCACGCGUGUGCCGCCGCUGGCACGAGGCCGCCUCCCAGCCAGCGCUCUGGCACACCCUCACCCUGUCACCCCCGCUGGUUGGCCGCCCCGCCAAGAGUGGGACCAAGACUGAGAAGAAGCUUCUUACAUCCCUGGAGUGGCUUAUGCCCAGUCGGUUCUCACAGCUCCAGAGGCUGACUCUCAUCCACUGGAAGUCUCAGGUACACCCUGUGUUGAAGCUGGUUAGCGAGUCCUGUCCCCGGCUCACCUUCCUCAAGCUUUCCGAUUGCCACGGUGUGACCCCUGACACUCUGAUCAUGCUAGCCAAAGCCUGCCCCCAGCUCCACAGCCUGGACAUACAGCAUUCCAUGGUGAGCCCAGGAGUCCCCAGGGGCCCCAAGGAAGCCUGGGCUACGUUGACCGGUACCUCUGUGCUGGGUCUCCAGGUGGAGUCCACGGCUGUGGUAAGCUUCUUGGAGGAGGCGGGGCCCCGAAUGCGGAAGCUGUGGCUGACCUACAGCUCCCAGACGACAGCUAUCUUGGGUGCACUGUUGGUAUGUUGGUCACGGGCAGGAGCAGAGCUGGGUGCUGAGCCAGGGACUGCCAGGCCUCCGACCCUGUGUUCUCCCCCACCUCUACAGGGCAGCUGCUGCCCACAACUCCAGCUCCUGGAGGUGAGCACAGGCCUCAACCACAACAGCACUCCCCUCCAGCUGCCUGUCGAGGCCCUGCAGAAAGGCUGCCCCCAGCUGCAGCCUUCCGGGCGAGCGACGCCUCCUGGCCCAGGCUUCCCCAGCCUUGAGGAGCUCUGCCUUGCCAGCUCCACCUGCAACUUUGUGAGCAACGAGGUCCUGGACCGCCUGCUCCACGGCUCCCCUCACCUGCGCUUGCUGGAUCUCCGCGGCUGUGCUCGAAUCACACCUGCUGGCCUGCAUGACCUUCCAUGUCAGGAGCUGGAGCAACUUCACCUGGGCCUGUAUGGCAUGUCAGACCGGCUGACUCUAGCCAAGGAGGGCAGCCUUCUGUUAACUCAGAAGUGGUGUCACACUCUGCAGGAGCUGGACUUGAGUGGCCAGGGCUUCAGUGAGAGGGACCUGGAGCAGGCCUUAGCUGCCUUCUCAGGCGCCCCCGGGGGCUCGCACCUGGCACUGUGCUCCCUCAACCUCCGGGGCACCCGGGUCACAGCAAGCACAGUCAGCGCUGUGAUCAGCAACUGCCCGGGUCUGCUGUACCUCAACCUGGAGUCCUGCCGCUGCCUUCCCCGGGGCCUGAAGCGGGCCUACCGGGGCGCAGAGGAAGUCCAGUGGUGCCUGCGGCAGCUGCUCACCAGCCUGGCCCCUCCCAGCUAGGCAGCUCCAGCCAGCCAGCCCUGCCCUGCCCCCUUUCCCAGUUUUGAAUGUGUGAGCGUUUUGUUACAAUAAAACAUUUUUAGGAACUCAUGUGUGGUCUUUGGGAUCCCAGUGAGAGGCUGGGGGUUGUCCCUGAGGGAACUACUGGGGGCUACAGCUGGCCCAGAAC